UGUGACUGGAAAAAUAUUCAAAGGUUGCCCUGAAAGUGAAUAGAUAGCAACGUUGGAUUAAUAUCAACAUGGCGCCCCCUACAGAUGAGGAUAUCGAGUGGUUUAGGUCUACAUUUCGCCCUAUUCCUAAACCCCAGAUCCCAGAUGAUUGCAUCGAAUAUUCACUGUAUUGGAUUUCCCCAGGUAAUACCGACUGCACAGGAGGUGGUGCUGAUUUAAUUCGGAACCGCCUCGCCGAAGUCCAAAGAGCCGCAGCAGAGCUCGCGAAAACGCACUUGAAAGACUAUAUAUGGCAGCGUGAUGCGUUUAUGUUGGAAAUGAUUCGAGAAGAUGGACUGAAUUUACUUCGUGGACGAACUGUAUAUGGCGACUCAAUCGAGGACGAAUGGGUUAUUGUUUAUAUAUUGCGGGAGUUGACACGACAGUUUGAGGACCUAUGGGUGAAGGUCUCGGAUAGUGAUGGCGAGUUUUUGCUAGUGGAAGCCGCAGCAACACUGCCAUCCUGGCUCGAACCAGAGGUUGCAAAUCAUAGAGUUUGGAUUCACAAGAAACAACUACUCAUCAUCAAACCAGAUAGAGUCAAAGGAUCGACCCUUAAACCUCUAACAUUUCGAGAGGCGAGGGAAAUAAUUCUUGUAGAACCUAAACGAUUAAUGCAUUCCCCAACGAUCGAAGCCGAGGCGUUUUAUCGACUUCGAAAUUACCCGAAACAGAUUGCUGACAACCUCCACACGUCCCCAAUUACUAUUCCUCGGAAGCUUGCGCACAUCCUACACAUGAAACCGGCUUAUAUAUCACCGGCGGUCGACGCCUUCUAUAUUCGAGAUCCGAUAUCCUUGCGACCCUUGAAGUCAAAGGACACACGCGAGCUAAUAUUCAAGCCUGAGGAUUUAGUCACCGUCAGCGUUCGCUUUACAAGGGUUGGGUACGCACAAUUAAAGAGCCAGGAUUUUGAACUGCCUCCAGCCUGGAAGGAUAAACUCCCACCUCAAACCGCGAAAGCGGAUUAUGCUCGCGCUGAAACGGGGAUGAAAGUCACUAGUGGGUUUGAAAUGCUGUUGUCAGACCCUCAAAACCAGGAUAAAGUAGCAGUAAGGGAAAUAAAACUCGUACUAGGAGAUAUUGAAUCUGGAGAUGAGAAAUUACCUACGAAUGAUGAAAUUGAAUCGACCUGGGAGAAACGUGAGGAUGACGAGAAGUGGCUGGAUAUUAGCUUCGAGGACCUUGAGGAGGAGUUGAAAGGCCGACAUGGGACUGACAAAAGUGCUAAACCUGCCCGUGCAUUUGGCGACCAAGCUGCUCAAGAGAAUCUUCAAAGAAUAGUGGAACGGUUCGAGCAAUUUUUGAAUGACGACCGUGCUGGUCUGGAUGGGGCCGAUUUUAUUGACGAAGUGGACUCUGAUGAUUUCGAUGUUGAUAGUGAAGAUCUCAGUAGCGAUGGCGAAGAUAAAGAAGUAUCAUUCGACGAGGAUGAGUUUUCGAAAAUGAUGCAGGAAAUGAUGGGACUUCCUUCGAAGCCAGAAGGGAGUGCCCGCCCCAUAACGUCGAAGCGAUUUAAAGAACUGGACUCAGGCGAUGAUGAAAAUGAGGAUGACAGCAAAGAGAUAGAAGAUUUAUCAAAACAAAUGGAGGCUGAAUUACGAGCAACUGGCGUCCUCGAUUUGGAUCCAAAAGGAAAGGGUAAACAGGCUAUUAAAGGAAAAGCGCGAGCUCGUCCCAAAAGGCCCUCGGACGGAAACCAGGAAAUUGAAGGCAACACCGACGAUGAGGAAGACUACCAUGCUGAGAGUGUGGACUUCAAUCUUGCUAAAAAUUUGCUCGAGAGUUUCCGCAGCCAAGCUGGCUCAGCAGGACCCGGAAGCAAUUUGUUAGGAAUGAUGGGUAUGAAAUUACCCAAAGAUGAUCGUGAAUUGAAAUAGAGAAUUAGAAGCUACAAUAUCACCCAUAUAAUGAACAUAUAACAUUGAACGAGGACACAACAGACAAGGAUAGCAGCUAGUACCGAGAGAUCAGCUUCGUUUGCUCGAAUUGAUAAACUACUAAUCCGCUAUUGGCAGACAGAAAGUUGUGGCACGCGCCUUUACAGAAAAUACGAUAAUCUAACCCAGCCAAACAAUUAUAUAAAGGACAUCUAAAACUCACAUGAUUCUGUACGUAGACGCAAUUGUCCAGGUGUACACAAGUCGUUUGGUCGCGUCCGGCUCGAUAUGAUACACGGCAUAACAUCCACAUGAGCAUUCACCAAACUUCCUCGAGUCCCGGACCUGGCUGAACUACUAAACCUCCAUCCCUCCAACAAAUUCCACGCAGCCACUCUGGGCCAACCCUCGGUCCCAAUCAGUAAACGCUUUCCAAGACAUCUAUCCCUUCACAACAACUCCAGCAGGAUCAAAUGGCACAACUUCACCCGCUGCGUUCACCAUUGCUGGUUCAGUGUCGCUGCGAGCUGUAAUGUAGAAUUAGCAAGCUUCCUUUUGGUGUUGAAUCAUUGAUCAGGGUCUACCGUACAAUCAACAGUGGAAGGAGCAGCAAGGGCAACAACCAGGAAAGAAAAGAGAACGACUACGGGCUUCAUUUUGGGCGAGAUGGCUUCGAUGGUUUAGGCAGGAACUUGAAUGAGGAGAGGAAGUUUGUUCGAUUGGAGAGGGACAGAAGUCGUCCGGCGACAGACGCAGGGCUUGUCUCGUUAACGGAAAAGUGGUCUGAACAAAGUGAGGGUUCCACAGGACGCCAGAUCAAAAGGAUGAGGAAAGGAAUCGUGUACUCCCAGCUUUAAAUGGAUGUAAAAAGAGGAAAGAGGCGGCGGGCACAAUAUCACAAGAUUUGCGGAUUUGGUAAAAGUGACACAGGAAUAAAAAAGCUUGAAGCGGGCCACCCCCUUCCCGUAGGGGACUUCGUGAUGUAUAUAAAAGCUGCCAGAAGCUAACAGGAGACACAGUGAAACUAGCUGUGCGGCAGACAUGUUAGAAAUAUGGCGCUAUUUCUAUCGAAUUUGAAAUUAUUCG